GGGGCGGUAGAUAAAUGACACAGCCCUGGUGACGUUUCCCGUGAACGCCUCUCAAUAAAGACAUCAUCUUGAGAGGCUGCAGGGCUCCGUGGUGCUGAAAGGACAGCUCCUCUGCUCUCAGACAUCUGAAGAAAUGUUCAGCAGAAUGUUCAAGCUGAGGCUGCUCAACGCUGUGGCGCCUGCUUACUUCUUCACAGCCACCGUGGCCACCUUUAUUCUAUACUUCUACCUCUUCAUCCCAACAAUCUUCCCCAACCCAGAUCUCUCCCUGAGGAGCUCCACAGCCCUCCACACCGCUGCCUUCCUGUUCCUGAUGUUCAACGCUUUGGGGAAUUACGUAAUGACUAUUAAAUAUCCAGCAGAAAGUGCCAAUGAGACCGUGGUUCCGUGCUCCCCACACUGCUCUGAUAACGUGGACGCUCACUACCUCCUGAACGGCCGCCACUUUUGUAAACUGUGCAAGAAAGUGAUUCUCAAGAGAGACCACCACUGUUUUUUCACAGGAAACUGCAUCGGCAACAAGAACAUGCGCUACUUCAUCAUGUUCUGCAUCUACACAUCAUGCACAUGCCUGUACUCCUUGGUUCUGGGUGUUGCUUUUCUCACUGUGGAGUACUCCAUCUCCUUUGAGAACCCGCUGACCUUUCUAACUCUUCUCCCUCUCUCUACUGGUUACUUCUUCAUGGGAUCCAUCUCAGGCCUGCAGCUGUUCCUGGUGCUGAUGCUGUACGUGUGGCUGGGCAUUGGCUUGGUGAGUACCGGUUUCUGCUGCCAGCAGGUGCUGCUGGUGGCUCGAGGACAAACCUGGUGUCAGCUCCAAAGAGGGGAUCUUUUGGAAAACCGCACCCCGUGGAGAGCCAACCUGAAGGAUGUUUUUGGCAACCGCUGGAUGAUUGGCCUUAUUUUGCCCGUGCAGACAGUGGAAACGUCCUCUGAAGACACAGAUGGACAAAAACAAGACUGAUGGACAGCAGUGAAUUUAGACUAUAGGGUCAAACAGCAACAUAUCUUGUAGAAAAUGCUGUUUUUUAGGUGAUAAAAUGUCAACAUAGAUGCUUUGUGAUGCUUUUUCAAGUAAAACUAGCUGAGAGCACAGUUUUAUUGACGACAUGAGUCACAUAAGCGACAAAGUAAGUGCACACGACUAUAUUCAUAGAGUCGCUUUUAAAAAGGUAAGAUUAUUUACAAA